UUUUUAGUCAUCAUUUCCCAUUUUUUCGUGAAGCGCCAAGUGGCUGGAAAAAUUCAGUUCGGCACAAUCUCUCUUUAAAUAAAUGUUUUCGAAAAAUUGAAAUUGAACCGCCAAAUAGUCAUGGACGAAAAUCGUGUCUUUGGACUAUGAAUCCUCCACGCCGAGCAAAAAUGGAUCACGAAUUAAAAAAAUGGCGUGAAAGGGAUGAGCCUGGAAUUUUAAUUGCAAUGGAACGGCCUAAUGAAUUAGAUGCACUUCAAAGUGGUUCUGUUGGAAUGCCACCAAAUUUAAAACCUCGGCGUUUUUCGUUUCCAGCAACAAAAAAUUACUCAAACCAUCAAGAACGUUUAAAUUUUAGUUCAAGUUGUUCAUCUGCACCUUCUACUACAAAUAAUGGGAAUUCUCCAUUUGCUUUAUCACGAGAAGAAAUACAACAACGAAUGUUUUCUGUUAGUCAAGGAUCUUCAUCUUCUAAUAGCUUGUCUACACAAAAUAACGCUAUUAAACUAGAAAUACAAACGCCAACAAAUUCUUCUGAUUUUUGCCAAUCUCACAUUAAUCGACAACGAGGCCGGCCGUCUGCACAUGCACAAGCAGCUCGCAAAUUGGAAAAUUGUCUUUUACAACAACGUCAAAAGAUUUCAAAAUAA